UAGCAACAAGCAAGGCCUGCCAUUACAGAGGGGAACUGCUCAGCUACAAACAAUCUGCUCGAAUGUUUCAACUUCACUUCCUUCGGAAAAAGGGUUCGUUCUCCCGGGAAUGGCGGUGCAAUACAUUUUAAUCUUGGCAGGACUUGCGUUUCAAUUUCUCUGUCAAACUCCUACAAUUCUGGGUGCCACUCUGUUUCGUGGUGACUGCUGCAUGGAUGAACUGGAUGUGAAUGGAACCUGUCCAGUUAACACUCCGUGCAGACCAGGUUGUUAUCGGCAUCAGUUUGAGAAUGGCACCACCUGCCUCCAGUGCAAGUCUUUAAUACUGCCGUAUAAUGUGACCGAAUGCAGCAACUUGAACUCCAAUGAAACCUAUUUGUGGACAAAUACAAGCACUGCAGCACCACCACAGCCCACAAUUGGUGGACCAGCAGUAGCAGCCUCUCUUCUCUUAGGAACGCUGUUUAUAAGUUUGUUUCUAAUCCUAUCGGUGGCUUCCUUUUUCUACCUCAAACGAUCCAGCAAACUUCCAGAUGUUUUCUACAGACGAAACAAAGCAUCUAUAUUGCAACCCAGUGAAACAGCAGUGAUGGUUCCUACCCCAACAUCAUCAGUACGGAAGCCAAGAUAUGUAAGAAGGGAAAGACCUUCAGUCAUAUCUACUUCAGCUACAAUAUCAUCAACCGCAACCACAAGAGUGAGCAAUGUGUAGAUGUUUCAGCUGUGAAAACACGUGACUUAAACAAAAAAGGAUGCAGAUGCACAAAGGAUUGGUUUUCUUCAGUGCAUGAAGAUAAAGGUUUGGAAAAAGAAAGCCCAUAAUAGUUAUUCCAUCCACUUUGUGCAAAAAUACUAUGGGCACCUAAGCAGCAAAUGGGGAAGAGAUGUUAACAUGUAACAAUAUUUAAUUGUGAUUUGCAGUUGACUUACUUCUUACUUCCCCAUUUAUAUUUGGCAGUGUGGAUCAGGUACAAGAGGGAAAUGUAUAUAGCUUUUGUGUACUUUUGUUUGAUUAUUUUCAUGUCUUUAAUAAUGCACUCCUAGGUUUAUUGAGCUGUGAGAAAAUGCACUAUUCAUCUACUUCUGUUUUCCUGACCUAAAGCUCUUUUACCUUUUUUUUAAAUGAUUAUUCAUCUACAUACUGUAACAGGUAGAAGCUUUUGAGAGGAAAAGAGGAGGAGGGGUCUUUAGAAGUCCAAAGAAUUCUAUUUUUAUUGCCAGGAACUAAAUGGACUACCAAGAAAAUUUUGAAAUUGGAUACGCUGUCAUAGAUGGCUUAGUUGCUCAGGCAAAUUAAUUUUGUUUAGGGGGUUCAUAGUAAUUGAUCUAAAAAUCAUAUUUGUUUAAAUCCUGCAGUUGCCUGGCUAUGAAAUCCAUGUUGGUCUGUACCACACAGUCAGUGUUUUGUUAAACGUCCAGGACUGUAACCUUCAUAAAGGACGCAAUCUAGAAACUGGUUAUACGUCAGUCACUACAGGUUUACAUGAGCACUUAAAAAGAAAGUUGCAACUAAUAUUGGUCUAGAGUAGACUGAUAUUAAUUCAACAUUUCUACGCAGUGAAGUGAUGAAAAUAAGAUUAAACCCUAGUCUUCAUAUAAGAAAUGGCAAUCACAUGAAGAUGUAUAAGGUUCUAAGAAUGUUCACCUAUGUGACUUGCGCUUAGAGUAAGUAGCGGGGUUCCGAAAAAUGUAGCGUAGUGCUAUUGUAAUAUUUUAUUUCUUUGUCGUACACAAUGUGACAUGUCAAUCCAAUUGGCUGCCUGUUUGUUAGGAAAUCUAAAAUGAUGUAUUGCCAAAUGUUUAUUUGAAGUACAGAUAAUUUGAAAAUCUUUGUUGCAGUGUGUUAAAGUGGUUUGCACUUUCUAUACCUGUGCUUCAUCAUAUAUAUAUAU